GCUCAGUCAGCGCGGCCGCCGCGAGGUCCCGGGGCGUGCGCGGGGAGAGGGGGAAGGAGAGGAAGAAGAGCGGGGAGAAGGGGAAGGAGAGGAAGAGCGGGAGAGAAGGCUGCCCCGAGGCUGGCCGACAUGGGGCUGGAGGCGGCGCGCGAGCUGGACUGCACGGCGCUGGGCGCGCUGCUGCGGGAGCCGCGGGAGGCCGAGCGCACGCUGCUGCUCGACUGCCGCCCCUUCCUGGCCUUCUGCCGCCGCCACGUGCGCGCUGCGCGGCCGGUGCCCUGGAACGCGCUGCUGCGGCGCCGCGCGCGCGGCCCCCCCGCCGCCGCCCUCGCCUGCCUGCUGCCCGACCGCGCGCUGCGGGCGCGCCUGGCCCGCGGGGAGCUGGCGAGGGCUGUGGUGCUGGACGAGGGCAGCGCCUCGGUGGCCGAGCUCCCGCCCGACGGCCCGGCCCACGCGCUGCUCGCCGCGCUGCUGCACGAGACCCGCGCCGGGCCCACCGCCGUGUGCUUCUUGCCAGGAGGCUUCGAUCGCUUCCAGGCUUGCUGCCCCGAUCUGUGCUCUGAGUCCCCCGUCCCAGCGAUGCCGUCUACUGGGGCCGAAAACAGCUGCUCCGACCCCAGGGUUCCCUUGUAUGACCAGGGUGGCCCCGUGGAGAUCUUGCCCUAUCUGUUCCUGGGCAGCUGCAGCCACUCAUCCGACCUACAGGGCCUUCGGGCUUGCGGCAUCACAGCCGUCCUCAACGUCUCGGCCAGCUGCCCCAACCACUUUGAGGGCCUGUUGCGCUACAAGAGCAUCCCGGUGGAGGACAACCAGAUGGUGGAGAUCAGUGCCUGGUUCCAGGAGGCCAUCGGCUUCAUCGACUCGGUGAAGAACAGCGGAGGCCGGGUGCUGGUGCACUGCCAGGCGGGCAUCUCGCGCUCUGCCACCAUCUGCCUUGCGUACCUGAUACAGAGCCGCCGCGUGCGGCUGGACGAGGCCUUCGACUUUGUUAAGCAACGCCGGGGAGUCAUCUCCCCCAACUUCAGUUUCAUGGGGCAGCUGCUACAGUUUGAGACGCAAGUGCUGUGUCACUGAAGCUGGGCCCCACCAUGCUGGCCCCCCAGGGCUGAGGCACUGCCUGAUUCCUGGGCGUGGCAGACUGGGGGCAGCUGGGGUCCCAGUCCCCCACUGUCCCCCUCAUCUCAGGGAGAGCGAUCCCUUCCUUGGAGUUUGAAAAGCCCCCAGAUGGGGGCGCUGGGAAUGCAGAGAUGCUGGACUUUCUCACCUGGUGCUCUUCUGCUUAGGAGUUUGAGGGCUUACCCUCAGUCCUCAUUUCAGAAGGAGAAUGGGGGACAUUUGUGCCCUGCGACCCUGUCCUCUGGCAGAAGCUAACUGGACUCUACACUCAGGGACUCUCGUUGGCCCCACCUCCAUGUUGGAGCCCUUGGCAGCCUGAGGGCUCCAAGGAACAAGCUGUGACAACCAGGAGCCCUGUCUGGGGAGUGGUCCACCCCGGGGCCUGGAGCCUGAGCCCUGUGCUGGGGCUUGGGGAAGUGAUGUGGAUGCUGUGUCCGGACCUCUUGUUUGUGUGUGUGCGCAAGUGUUUCACGCCUUUGUUGGCGCUGGAAAGUUAUUUGUGUUCAACUGACAUUUAACACUCCCUCCCCCACUUCCUCCCAGCCCUGUGGGCGGGGGUUGGAAACUUAGCACUUUAUAUUUAUACGGAACAUUGAGGAUGUGUCAAUAAAAUAUUGUUUUGUUUAAAAAGAA